ACCCGCUCAGGUCGGGUUUCUCCGGGAUCGCACUACGUCUCCGGGCUGAUUUCUCUGCCCGAGGUAUUGUUCUGUAUCGCUGCAUCGGAGCCAUAAGAGAGCGGGCCAUGAGGACUUUUCCCAAAAAUAGAAGCUGCGAAGUUUACAGCGUGUCUGGUUCAGGAGCCUGCGCACCCGCCGGUGCACCUGCACAGCAGGAAUUUGUGACGAAACCCAUCCAGACGUUAAGCCUAUCCGGCAGUGAGUCUGCCAUCAAGAGCCCGGUGGGCAAGAGAGUGGAUUGUGGGGCAUGGAGUAAGUGGGCGCUGAGAGCUUCCCCCCUCCUGCCUCUCUCGGCUGCCAUUGCACUGACUCUCCAUUUCCUUGCAUCCUCUCCAUCGCCCUCAGUGUUCUACCUUGGAGGAAGCAUCGAGUUCUCCAACUUCAGCUUCUCUCCAGAGCUGGCAGACCCGUCGUCGGCACAGUUCCGCCUCCAGUCUCAGGCGCUAAGCCAUUACUUCUCAGAGUUGUAUGAUUCUUCACCAUGGAGCACGUAUUACCAGCACUCAGGAAUUAUUGCAUUUAGUGAAGGAGUGGAAGGUCUUUGUGUGUUCUACUGGAGUAAAUUCUCUGCUCCUCCCGCUAUUGCUGAGGAACUCCGGAAAGUGAACCCAGCCCGGUUGCAACGGCGUCUACCUGGAACCAACAAGGUCCUUUUUAGCAAGAAUGAGGAGCGUUACUACAUGGAGAGAGACGAGGACACACUGCGUCUGCUGGGUUUGAAUCCAGAUGACGGUGGUGAUGCUGAGGAUGAAGAUGAUGAAGAUUCUGAUGACAAGGCGGACAAAAUAAAGAACCCAAACUCGUUGCAGAGUGGCAAGUGGCAGUUGGGGCUACAGGCCAUGUCUUUUGACCUGUACGCUAAGUAUGGAAACAAUCGCACGCUCAGUCUUGUCAGUCCGAAGAAGCCGUAUUACCAGUGGAGGCUUCGGGUGCCAUCCGGGCACGUCGUGCGACUUGACAUCCUCACACUUCAAGGGGCAACACCAGGAAGCUGCUCUGCCAACAAGCUGUCUGCUUAUGAUUUCCUACUACCACUUCAGAACAAGAUCAUCGCCAGGUACAGUAAAUGA